GGGGUGGGCUUGAGAUCUUUGGCCUCAGUCGCCGGGAUGAUGUCGCUGGCAGCGGUAUGGGUGUGAAUUUCGCGGACUCGAUCAACAAGACCGAUGGGUGCCCGAAGGUCCAGAAAGUUCUGUACAUGGGCGUCGCGGCCGACUGCAAGUACGUUAAGAAGUACGGCAACAAGGAGAAUGCAACCCAGCAGAUCCUAAGCGACUGGAACAUGGCUAGCGCACUCUACAAGAGCACCCUCAACGUCUCCCUCGGCAUCAUCGAGCUCCAAGUGCAGGACCCUGACUGCCCGGACCCCGCAACCGACGACAUGCCCUGGAACACCGAGUGCGAAGCCGACACCGGCGUCACGCUGAACGAUCGCCUCAGCCUGUUCUCGCAGUGGCGCGGGGACAAGGGUGAUGAUGGUGUCGGCCUUUGGCAUCUCAUGAGUGGCUGCCCGUCUGGUAGCGAGGUCGGCAUUGCGUGGUUGGCGACGCUCUGCCAGCAGUCCGCGGCCGGCGAACAUCCGCAGACGGUGUCGGGUACCGCUGUAUCGACGUCGGGCCUUACGGAGUGGCAGGUAGUCUCGCAUGAGAUCGGUCACAAUUUCGGUGCAAUCCACGACUGCACCGACGGCUGCACCGUCCCCUCCACCAGCUGCUGCCCCCUCUCCGCCUCUACCUGCGACGCUGACGCCCAAUUCAUCAUGUCCCCCGUCGCCCAAUCCUCCGAGAAGAACUUCUCCCCGUGCUCCGUCGGCAACAUCUGCGCCGUCAUGCAGGGCGUCUCCGGCUCCCAAACGAACACCUCCUGCCUCAUCGACGCCGCCGAGGCAACCACGCCCCUCGUCUCGCUCCAGAUGUGCGGGAACGGGAUCGUCGAGGACGGCGAGGACUGCGACCCGGGCUCGGGCAUCGACUCGGCGUGCUGCGACAGCCAGACGUGCAAGUUCACGCAGGGCUCGGUGUGCGAUCCGACGAAUGACGCGUGCUGCACGGAUACGUGCCAGUUCAAGGGGAAGGGGCAGGUGUGCAGGGCGAGGCGGGACGCGGUGUGCGAUGUGGAGGAGGUGUGCACGGGCGAUAGCGGCAAGUGCCCGGAUGAUGUUGUUGCGCCUAAUGGCCAGAGCUGCGGCGACGAUGACCUCGCCUGCGCCAGUGGCCAGUGCACCUCCGUCUCCCAACAAUGCCAGGCCCUCGGCGCAAGCAUGAACCUCACCAAGGCCUGCCCCGAUCACUCCGACUCGACCUGCCGCGUCUCCUGCCAGGACCCGCAGCAUGCCAACGGCUGCGUCGUCCUCACCAGCAAUGUCAUCGACGGCUCGCCGUGUGGUUAUGCUGGUACCUGCCAGAGCGGGAAGUGUCAGCAGGGAGGUUUGCUCGAUACGGCUAAGGGAUGGUACAAGUCGAACUUGCAGAUCUCCAUCCCGGUCACCGUCGUUUGCGGAAUCAUCGUUUUGGUGUUGUUGUGGGGGAUCGUCGCAUGCGUGCGCCGCGGCUGCGCUCGUGGACGAGCAAGGAAUUAUGGGACCGUCACAAGCAAUGUCAGCAUCCCAGCGGCCGGCGCACCAGCGCCCGCGUUCGUUCGCAACGUCAGCACGCGACGACCACCUCCACCACCGCCAAGCGGCCAUCGGUCAACGGGCUCCGGCGCUUCGUCAAGUUCACGGUCGCAGCGCUCGCGCAUAAGCGGCCCGCAAUGGCCCGCACCCCAGUAUAACCCCGCCGCGGGACAGGACCGCGUCGACUGGGUGGACGAGACGCUGUACAAUGGGCCGCGAGCAAGCAGAUAGAGGGUAGGGAUUUACUGAUGCAUCUUUGGCCGCCUCGUACCUACGUCCUGGCUGCCUAUCACUCACUUACUUACCACCGAGGACUGACAUGGACUUGUAUAUCUAACUAGCAUCAGCAUUGAUAAUUAUGGCGGCAGCCUAGUCUGUCGCCGGCACAUUGGCUACUUC